AUGUCCGUGCUGUCUGCCCCACUCUUCUUCCAGGUGCGCAAUGGUCACAUCAAGCGAAUCACCGACAACGACAUUCAGUCGCUGGUGCUGGAGAUUGAAGGAACUAAUGUCAGUACCACCUACAUCACGUGCCCUGCUGACCCAAAGAAGACCCUGGGCAUCAAACUACCUUUCCUAGUGAUGAUCAUCAAGAACCUGAAGAAAUACUUCACGUUUGAAGUGCAGGUGCUGGAUGAUAAGAACGUCCGCCGGCGUUUCCGGGCGAGUAACUACCAGAGCACGACUCGGGUGAAGCCCUUCAUCUGCACCAUGCCCAUGCGGCUGGACGACGGCUGGAACCAAAUCCAGUUCAACUUGUCGGAUUUCACACGCCGGGCUUACGGGACAAAUUACAUCGAGACGCUGAGAGUUCAGAUCCACGCCAACUGUCGCAUCCGACGGGUCUACUUCUCUGACCGGCUCUACUCGGAAGACGAGCUCCCAGCUGAGUUCAAGCUGUAUCUGCCUGUGCAGAACAAGGCCAAGCAAUAACACCACGUUGGGAAGAGAUGUGAGUAAUGUUUGUGGUCAGUAGGAAAACAAAAUCAGGUGGAAGAGAAGGCCCUGCUGAGACCAAGUUUUAGAUCAACUCACCUUGCCUAGGGUAACUUCGAUUCAUCUGCUAUCCCUCUUCUGGACAGGACACAAUUAACCAUGUAACAGGUCUGGGACUGUGUUGUUGGCGUGCGAGUUGUACAGAAUCAGAGUUUUCCUAGCUGUU